CAGAAAGCAGUUUGUCAUCUCAAGCUUCGAGACGCGUUCAGAUCCUCAUUACACUAAUCAGCUCAACAACCUCGUCGCUUCUUUCCAUCACUCAGUAUGUCGGGCUGCGGAAACUCUGGAUGCCCAUGCGGCGCUGCCUGCAAGUGCAGCGGAUGCAGCUGCGGAAACAAGAGGUCUAUGGAUGCUGACUUCAGCAUCGCCAUGGAGGGCGAUUGCAACGACUGCAAGUGCGGACCCAACUGCGCUUGCGCCAAUUGCUCGUGCCACCAGUGAAGACAUCAUGGACUAGUAGUUUGAAGGCACGAGGGGACCAGUCUGCACUAUACCCUUGUGCUUCAAGCUACUGUUUCAACGAAGGGACCAUAAACUUGUCACAAUGCUGCACUGGAUGGAAAAACUGUCAAGUGAUGUUUGUGGGGGUGUAAUUGAGUGUGUAUAGAUGCCAGCUCUGCUUCGACUCGUUUAGCAGGUUUACGCGGUGUAGACCAGAAAAGUUGAAGUAGAUCAGUUCCUGGUGUCCAUAGCUUACAGACUAUAGUGAACUGUAUGUCUGUAAACAACUUGUGCAUAAACUAAAAAGUGCCUCCUCGAGUAAAAAGCUUGUACAAAUUCUCUUCUAUACGGGACUUCUCUUCUCAUUGAUUGUAGUUCUCCUAGAUAUAGAAUUUUGCAUUGAAUGAUGGCUGGAAACUUCUCUAUAUGCACUAUUGCCCUUGCGUAU